AUGAGCACACUCUAUCGAACUCAGCCGUUUCGAACAUCACAUUAUUCACCUGAUGGAAGAGGAAGAGAUUCAUAUAUUCAAACAAACAAUGGUGGAGUAUUCAAAGGAUGAAGCCCGAAUCGUCUUUAUGAAGAGCAAAGGACAGUUAAAAGAGAAUUUUCUCCUGCUAGUCCUAGACUAGAUGCAAAACCUUUUAAAUAUAGGCAUGAUGGGACAGGACGAGAUACAUACGUUGGAUGCAAUCACGGGGGGUUGUUUUCUUCCUAUUUCAAGCACAGCUUCUAUAAUUCUCUCAGGUCUUAUUAUCCAAAAACUCAUUAUGAGCAAAAAAAUAUUUUUAUUAAAUCUCAAAACAGCUGACUGAGAAAUAAAAAUAAAGAAGCAUCUUAUCAAGGAGAAAUGUCAAAAAGACUUAGUAUGCCCAAGCCAAAAACCUCCAAAGAGUCUUUUUUCCCCAAAAAUAGCCUAAGUAUCGAUACCAAAAAGAUUAUGCGUGCAACCAUUUACUAA